AUGUACAAGUUGGAGGACGAUAAAGGCAACUGCAAAGUUGUGUAUCGCAACUUGGUCCUGGACAUCAGUUUCUUGCCUGUGGUUGCUGUUGCUGAAAAUGAGCUGUGUGACAAUGAGUCAGAGGAUUGGUCAGGUGCGACAAACUCACUGGACUCUUUGGAGGAGGAGAACUCAGGGGAGCACAAGUGCAUGGGUGGUGGUGACACAGGCAGACUGGAGCAGUGGGUGGUGAACAUGAGACGGAAGGACUGGAGACCUACACCAUCAUCUCGUCUUUGCAGUGUUCAUUUUGAAGAGCAUGCCUUCACCAUGGACUCAAAGGCAGCACUGGUGUUUCUGAUUAGGGCUGUGGAGUACAGCAUCAAGAAACUCCCCCUGAAGGAGGCCCUUCUGAAGCACACUAAAUUCCUGGAUGUGCAGCAGAGGGCUGAGUGUGGGGUGGAAGCUGACCUAUACUUUGUAGACAGAUUUCAGGAACUACUUCCUUUCCAUUGGCCACAGGAACAGGACACAGUGAGUGAGGAGUUCCUGGAGUAUCAACUCAUGGAGAUCCCCAUGCCCCAAGAUCCCACCACCUUUAAUGUUGAGGAGUUUUGGGGGAGUAUGCCCUCAACCAAGAGCAAGGUGACCGGUUUGAGCCAGUUUGGGAGGCUAUUUAAGAUAGCAGCAUUAGUUUUAGUGCGCCCACACUCAAAUGCGGACGCAGAGAGGGUUUUCUCCAUGGUCGGCCUCAACAAGACCAAAACAAGAAACAGCUUGGCACUGAAUGGAACACUUAUGUCAAUCAUGACAGUCAAAACGGCGGGCCUGGAACCACAGUGUUUAAAAAGGGAGCCACCAAGCCCCUUGCUGAAGGCCUCCAAACCUGCCACUAACACCUACAAUAAACAACACUAGCCAUAAUCACACACACACACACAAUCUCCCACCAGGGAGGGCAGAUAAGCACCCCUGCACUAAGAAAUGCUGAGACAAUAAAUAGUUUUAUUUGUACAAACUGAUGUGUCUUUUAUCAGAUUUUACCGAAUAUGCCGCCGCAGCCAAAAUCUCACUCUGAACUCAGUUCAAGACUUGAGAGCCCUCUGGCAUGUUGUUGAUACUAAGCCAUAAAAGUAUCUUUAAUCAAAUCAAAGUGCAUAUAAAGUGACAUAAGUAGUCUUGUCAUGUUUUGUGACUGUUGCUGCGUUGUCAUUUGUAUAUUGUGAAUAUUGUUCUGCUGAGUAAAGUUUACUUGCUAAGUGUGCUAAUUUAUGUUGUAGCUAGCUGUAGGGUCUUGUGCACUUCUGUUUACAUUCCAACGGCUAAAUAUCGUCGGCUUCGGUGUGUUAAUUGUAUUCCUAUUUCAAUGUAUGGGGGCUGGAGCUGUGCUGUUUACCAUCAUCACCAAUCAUAUGUUUGUUUGCCUGACAGGUAUGUGUUGUAUUUUCUGUAUGGGAAAAUGUUGUGGUCUGUUCAUUUUAUCAGUGCUGUAAAGCCUUUGCAUAGAAGUGUAAACCUUUUUCAUAUAAAAUCCUUAAAAAAUAGAUUCAUGGCAGUUUAUGUUACAAAACCAGAUUAUACAUGCAGAAGCAGAGUAAACAUUCAUAUUAGUGAACCUUUUAUUUGUAAUACAAAUGUAUUUUAAUUUUUCUAACUAAGCUAUAUGAUCACAUUGUAAAAGUAUUGUGUUGGUCCCUUUGGCUGGCUGAUGAUGGAGCUGUAUGUUAACCAUCAUCACCAAUCAUAUGUUUGAGUUUGCCUGACAGCUGUGUGCUGAUGAAUAAAUGCCAUGAACCUGA